AUUGGCUUCCUCUUCUCUCUCAUACAGGAAGAAGAAACUUCAACUCAGAAAACUUUUCAACUGAUCCGCACAGGGAACCCAAUCCCCCCGCCCCCACCCUUCACCACCAUCCCAUCCCCGGGGAGAACGAGGCGUGGUGGUCCGCACAGCUGACACCUGAGGCCUGCGUGUCGAAUAUCGGGGAACACACACACAGACAAUGAUUCUACUCUUCCUCACCUCCAUCUCCGUGUAUCCAGAAUUAGUGGGCUUUACUGCAGAUUACUAUGAUCCCGACUACAAGGAUAAAACUGCUGGCGGGAAGAUGGAGGCAAAGAAAAGCGCAGGUGAAGUGAAGAACUACAACUUGUGGCCGGAGGCACAAUGUAACCCCCUGAACCUGGACUUCAUGUUCAACGCAUUUGAUGACCAGUACAAAGGCUGUGAAGACGUCCUAGAGACCCAUGUGAUGCCGAAAAUCCUAACCCUUGAGAAGUCCAUAAACUUAGCAUUUGGCGCCGCGUGGAACCGCGCAGAGGAACAAUGGAAUAGGUUGAAGCCAAAACUUCGUAUUCCUCCUGGCUUUCAGGAUGAAUUUGGGGUUGCCAUCACUGUCUACACCACAGAUUGGCCAGAAGGUGACCCCAUCUACAAAGCCUUCAAUCGGAAUGUCAGCUUGGCGGGGAAAUCCCGAGAAGACUACAUGCUGAUCUUCCACUAUAAGGCCCUACACUUCUACAUCACCAGGGCUCUGCAGCUCAUGAAGAAGAACUCUAGAAAGCGGCACACGGCCUACCGGGGUACGGACAAGACGUUUGAGGUGUCUGAGACUUUUCUGAGGUUUGGGAGGUUCACCUCUUCCUCCUUGAACAUCGAAGUGGCUAAAGCCUAUCAUGGAGGACUCUUCUUCGAAAUCACAACUUGCUUUGGAGUUGACAUCCAUAAAAUCUCUUCUUAUCCCAAAGAGCAGGAAGUAUUGAUCCCGGUGGCUGAGAAGUUCCAUUACGUGAAGAAGGAAGGAAGCUUCUAUAUCCUGAACAGUACCUGUGAAUUGUGCAGCUACUUCAACUGUGCUUAUCUAGGAGAAGAGAAGUGGAGCUCGGCCGUGUGUAGUUCUGUUGUCUGAAUAGUGGUCCGAAACUGAUUCUGGAAACUUUUUCUAACCUUGCCCGGGCACCACGUUGAGUCACAGAAAGAUGGCAGAUCUCCUGGACUGAGCCCAGAAGCAGGAGAAGGAUGUCUCUUCAUUGGCUUGGAUUCUUGAAGUACAGUCGGCGUUGGGUUUGCUGGGCCUGGCUGCACCAGGACACAGACCAAGCUUUAAAAAAAA